AGAGGGCGUUUCGCGCCAGAAUAAUCAAGUAGCAAGAGUUUUCAUCCGAAAACCAGCACGGAAACAUACUUAAACAGAAAAUUACAUCUGAACUAUGAGGUACGUCAGUUAGCUGAGGAACUACAAUCAGUGUUAUGGUGACCUAGCUAGAUGCCAACUACAUCAUGUAAUCAUUGGAAUGUUUGUACCUUGCUUUUGCUGAGCACAGGAUAUGAGAUGAUUGUACAAGAAAAUAUAAUUACAAUUUAAUCAUCAAUCUAGUCAUGAACCAAAAGAAAAUGGCAAAGACAGGUCACCAAUACCUUUGUGCUAAGAAAAUGGUGCUGAAAAAAUAUAGAAAACAAAGAUUUGGUGUAAGGAAGAAAUGCAUACCUUUGGUGAAUGUUCUUGAUCCUGAUACUGUUAGUGCAAAGUUCAAACUUCAAAGGCAGCAUGUCAGCAGAUUACAAUCACAUCAGAAUUACAGCAGCUCAACUCGAAUGGAAGAUGAAACUUUCACUUUAUCUCAGUUGGUAACUUCUAGUCUAUCACACACCAAUGUGUGUUCAGAAUUUCCCAUAUCUGAAAUUGGAAGUGAGUUAUCUGGAAAUCGUGGCAAUGGAAAUUCUCCAUUCAAUAGUAGCAAUAGUUGUGGUUCACCAGAAAGUGCCGUGAUACAGACAAGCUAUGUCCCCAGAUGUUCAAAGCAGGGUCAAGGGUCAGGUACUGAAGGUCCCAAAUGUAAUAACAUGAAUGACUGUGACAACUGUAGUCCUGAACAAAACAACAACCUGGGAACAGAGAAUCAAUGUGCAUGUCCAACUAGGAAUGAAAGUACACCUGUCAGGGAUAUGGAGGAAAGCAUCAUUGAUGUGGUGUCGCUGGAUGAGGAAAGUGUUGUAGAUGAAGAAGACCCAGUAAGCCAAGUUAAUAUAAAUAAUGCCUCCAAUGCCUUUGAUCUGGAAGAGUGCCUAGACAAAAGAAAUCCCCUUUCGGUGGAUGUUACAAUGACUGAGCAGCUUUCUUCCAGGGUACCAUCAUUGUGUAAAAAUGGUCACCAAUUAACGUCCAGGUCAUCCGUCUCCCCCGUCAACUGGCAGCAGCAGUUUAUGUCAUUCUUGUCCACCACACCAGAACCCAGCUUUACAGAUGAUAUACCAUGUCAUAUUUCAACAAACAAGAGUCCAUCACAUUCCUCACGCAAGAAGAGAUCUCGGAGAGCUCGUAGUAGCACAUGUCCUUGCUGUGUAGGGUCAUCAUCUCACUCCAUUCAUGGAAAGAGGGCAAAACAUCACAGUGGGCAUUCUCGAAAACACAGUCUGUCCAAAGAACACAAACAUUUCAUCCGAGAUAUGGUUCAACUUGUGUCCUUAAGAAAUAAAGUUGUGACACUCUUCUGCAGCAUAUUCCCUCAAUGCCAGGAAUUCAUUCGUGCAAUGAAUCCUGACAGUGAAAAAGUGGAUUUACUCAUAGAUCAGGUGGUGGACAUCCUACAAACGCCUGAACCAUUUGACAUCAACCAUCCGGAAGAGGAGAAAGAUGAUGUUAAAUCAGUAGCAACAUAUUCUGAUAGUGGAACAGACCCUGUGGACCUGUCGGAAUAUCCCAGUUUGGAAAAACCAGAUGAUGUUUUCUUUGCAGACAAAGAUUCAGAUGACAUGCCAGUACUUGAUGAUUACAGUGCAGAUGACAAGACACAAGAUGAAGGAGAAUCUGUCUCAAAGGCACACGGUUAUUCUGAAGACUUUUUAGGUUUUUUAGAAAAGACCAAAUCUAACCAUAAUCAGUUAACGAAUGAUUUCAAUGUGAAUAAAUUAGACCCAGGAGGUAAUUUAGUUCUACAGUCAGGUCCUCCAAAAGUGUGUGAUCAAUCAGACUCUAAAGUAUAUGGUUCAAGAAAUUGUAUUAGUGCUUUUUCUGAAGGUGAUACAGAGGUUCAUAUUGAUGAUGAUGCUGGGGGGCAAGUCAGUGACUGGGGAGAUUGUUGUCCUAAGUACUGUAAUCAACAGGGAGCAAAUGUUGAUCUUGGGGAAUGUUGUGAUUCAAAGUGCAAUACUAAUCAAAUUGGGUCAUGUGUGCUUUCAAAGAAAACAAAAGAAAGCAAGAUCCAUGAACUGUCGGGAGAGAAAUUUCAGGGAUCAUUUCAAGAAUUUCUGAAUUCUAGCAAAAAUGAAGACACUAAUAUUGACCAUGAAAUGCAUGAUUCAAGUUGUGAAGGAGAGGAACAUGAAAGUAAGUUAACCUCAUUUACCAACAUAAAUUCUCAUCAGUCAAUACAUCUACCUGCCUAUUCCGACAUCUCAGAAGCAAGCAGAUUGUCUAGCAGCUCACCGUUUGAUUGGACAGGAGGUGCUGACACACCUUUAUUUGGUAAACAGGAGUCCAAGAAUGAUAUCCUUCACAAAGAAUCUCGGACCACACAAGACGACAAACCCUGUGACCAUGAUCUACUGGGCAGUGCUGACGAAGCACACAGUGGACCUACAGUUCAAUAUGGGACCAAAUGUGACAAGGAAUUACCCAUGUCUUAUAAUCAGUCAGAAUCCGGUGUUGGACAGACAAAAACCAUUCAAAUAUUUGAAUCAUAUGUUGAAGCAUGUAGGAAACCAAAAAUAUGUUUAAAAGCCCUCAAACAUAGACUUAAUGCACUGCUUACAUGGCUGUUACCAAGUGCAAAUUUAGGCAGUGCAUAUUUCAAGAAUUUUGACAGUCUUGAAUAUUUGUUAGAUUCUUUGAUCUACUGCAACACAGUGCAAAAUGACACAGGUUCUCUAGAUAAUGAUAGUGUAAACUAAGUGUCAGUAAAUGUGACCAGGUAGUAGUUUGUAAGAUAAAUCAUCUGUUACAUUGUUAUUCCAGUAUGACUGGAUGUGUAUUGCAAUAUUCUUUGUCUAUUAAUUGUUUUCAUUUGUGAUUUGUUAAAUUAUUUUGUUUUUAGGUCACCUAAGACAAAGUCUCAAAUGACCUAUUCUAAUUGCCUUUUGUCUGUUGUCGUGAGUAGUCCUUCCAAAUUGACUUAUAAAUUUCAAAAAUCUUAUUCUCGACUCCACAUUAUGGUUGAAUUAACCCAACACUCUUCACAGAUAGAGAAGUGUUAAGGUCCUUUACCAAAAUUGUGAAUUUCAUGAUCCUUGGAUCUUUCAUCUUUCCUUCUUUGGGAGAGGGGGGGGGGGG